CGGGUUGGUAGGCCAGAGACUAAACACAAGUCCAACCGUGCACAAGGGGCGCUACUCCACUUCCGCGCUUUUUCUCUCAGUGAAUUACGGUACUUGAAUCUUGACUCGCGUCUAGAUCUGUAAGAGACAGACGGGACUAUUGCAUACUGCCGACUUCAGAUCUGUCAGCGGAAAUACUUGAUACUGUGGUGUUUGGUUAGUCUAACUACCGGAUAACACGAUGAUGGAGAUUGGACGAUGAAUGCAACAGAACACGUUUUCACAUUUGUAUCCCUGAUUUAAAGAAGAAAAAUCACAGACAGAAGAAAAAGCACAGAGAGAAGGAAAGCCAUAUUUCUGGAUCGUUUACUCUCGCCAGAACGUGUGUCGAGCUGUCGAGGUAGCCUCGUCCAGUGGUCAGAGUUUUAUAAAUAGCUUCAUGAAUAUUCAUACACGCUCUGAUAAGUUUCUCGCAUUCUUCGUUUCAAAUAGUUCGGUCUUCGGAAUCAAGAAUUCUGCCUUAGGAGAUCUAAGCAAAUAAAUAACUUUUAAAACAGAAUACAACAAUGGAUUAAACGUGUUUAAAGAUCAUAAACUGUAUCUGUGGUGUGUGUUCUGGUAAAAAAAGACUCUAAUUCUAAAAAUGAUGGCGUCACCAACCGCUAAAGCCCAUGACCCUAUGUAUAAUUUCGACACGCAUUUCCCAGAACGCCUUUCGCGUCUGCAUCUCCAUGGAGAUUUCAACGCUUCCGGUUCGUUUAGAAAAAAGAAGAACCGCGCGCAGAGAAGCGGCGCCAGGUACAAGACCCAGCCCGUGACGUUUGACGAGAUCAAGGAGGUGGACGAGGAGCCGGUGAGCUCCACGGCUGCAGAACAACCUCCCGAGCAGCUGAAGGGCCAGCUCCAGGCUUUCUCCCGCUCCAUGGAUGGUCUCCUCCCCAGGGGGGUCGCGGCCGAGCAGCCGCAGCUCCACAUCUCGCACUCGAGGUCCGGCUCUAGGAAGUUUCAGAGACACCCAGACUGCAUUCCAGAGCGGGCAGAGGCCGAGCAGCCGACCCCCACACAACUGGAAGCGCCUGAAAGCCGGCUCCAGAGUGUCACGUCUUCCACAGCCAGCCCGAGCCCGUCCCCCACCACGCUAUCGCCCGUGGGGGACGCUAGCCCCGACGCCAGCAUCUCACCAGUGCCGUCGCCGAAUAUCGCACCCAGGCGACAGAAAGUCACGGCUAAAGCCAAAAAGCGCCAAAAGGCGUUCGAAGAUGCGGAUAUUUAACGCACGGGUUUACAUGUAGAUCACGGCGUACUAUUUGCACAAAAAAUGUGAAGACUGCCCCUGUCUGAUGUGUGCUUGAUUGUUGUACUCAAAUCUUGUUAUUUGCAUUCUCUGUCAAGGGCCUAAUAUGAAUUUUUGUGAUAAACGUUCAGGGUUCAGCGGGCCGUAUCUGCUUGUACUAAAUCACGUGAUCUAGUAGAUAAGGCUGUUAGUUUCUUUCUGGCUAUGGUGUUCUCCCACCCCCACCCUCCUCCCUACCGUUUUACCUGUGUAAAAUAAAAAACCUUAAAUGUGUAAACAGGAUAUAAAUAUUAUGUUCAAUGAUUAAAGUGUUAUGUACAAAGUAUACAUUUCUAUAUUCUAUCAAAUAACUCAAAAUAACUGAUAUUUUUUUUAUUACUUUAUUUUUUUAUUCUUAUAAUUGUGUUCAAAAUAAUGUAUUCAAACGCCACCAUCCUCGUUGAUUUUUUAUUAAAAUAAUCGCUAAACAGCAAUUUUUAAACUGAAACAUUGAGAGAAGAGUUGCAUUUUUAAACUGAAACAUUGAAAGAAGAGUUGCAUUAAAAUAAAAUUACAUGCCGUACAACAGCUUUAUCAGAAUAAACAUUUAAAAUUAUUACAAAAUAAAUAAACAAUGGAGCCAUAUUUAUCACAAUUGUUCAGUACAUCGACAAAAUGUUUCAUCAUAUUUUUCUAUCUUGUGUACAUUGCCGUGGGCGCAGGCUCAAACUUCCUUUUAUGUCUGAGCUGACGUUUUGCUGGCUUUUAACAAAUCUUUCUGUGUUUUAAAUACCAUUUUCCGAUAGCACAGAUCUGUAGCAGAUUUAAUGUUAAUCAGGCUUGCCUCAGUGUUUCCGUUUUCAUUUCAUAGGCUGAUCUAAGGGAGUGGGGAGCAUUUAGCAAUUCACCUCACACACAA